UCCCGACUCCUUGGAAGCCCCGGCCCGUAUCCGGGACACCCCGGAAGACAUCGUGCUGGAAGCCCCUGCCAGUGGGCUGGCCUUCCAUCCUGCCCGAGAUCUCCUGGCGGCCGGGGACGUGGAUGGGGACGUGUUCAUCCUGUCUUUCAGAUGCAGCCAUGCCAGUCUCCUGCUACUGGAACCCUCCGCUUUGUGUCUAUCCUGAAAGAGACUUCAACAUCUGCCCCUUGUCUGCCAAGUUUACGUAUUCUUCAUGAUCUGAUCCACGUCAUUACCUUAGCUUUCCAGGGCUCUCGUCUUCCCAAGUACUCAUCCUAUUCGUGAAUGUUUAUUAAGUAGCUUUGUCAUGUUAGGCCCAGGACAGAGCAAACGCUUUUCCUACUCCUGUCAAGAGGGAGAAACCAAGGAGCUCUGGUCCUCAGGUCACCACCUCAAGUCCUGCCGAGCUGUGGCCUUUUCUGAAGAUGGGCAGAAACUUGUUACUGUCUCCAAGGACAAAGCCAUCCAUGUUCUAGAUGUGGAGCAGGGCCUACUGGAAAGACGCAUUUCCAAGGCUCAUGGUGCCCCCAUCAACAGUCUCCUGCUGGUGGAUGAGAACCUUCUGGCCACUGGGGAUGACACAGGUGGUAUCCGGCUGUGGGACCAGCGGAAGGAGGGCCCAUUAAUGGAUAUGCGGCAGCAUGAGGACUACAUCGCAGACAUGGCUCUGGACCUAGCCAAGAAGCUGCUGCUGACAGCCAGUGGAGAUGGCUGCCUUGGUGUCUUCAAUAUCAGGCGACGUCGGUUUGAGCUGCUCUCAGAGCCUCAGUCUGGAGACCUGACGUCUGUCACUCUCAUGAAAUGUGGAAAGAAGGUGGCCUGUGGCUCCAGUGAAGGUACCAUCUACCUCUUCAACUGGAAUGGGCUUGGGGCUACAAGUGACCGCUUUGCCCUGAGAGCUGAGUCCAUUGACUGCAUGGUUCCAGUCACUGAGAAUCUGCUGUGCACUGGCUCCUCUGACGGAGUCAUCAGGGCUGUGAACAUCUUGCCGAACCGAGUAGUAGGCAGUGUGGGCCAGCAUCCUGGGGAGCCUGUGGAGGAGCUGGCCCUCUCCCACUGUGGCCGCUUCUUGGCCAGCAGUGGCCACGACCAGCGCCUCAAAUUUUGGAACAUGGCCCAGCUGCGGGCUGUGGUGGUGGACGAUUACCGUCGGCGCAAGAAAAAGGGAGGGGAGCUGCGGGCCCUAAGCAGCAAGGCUUGGAGCAGUGAUGACUUCUUUGCAGGACUGAGGGAGGAAGGAGAGGAGAGCAAGGAUGACAGUGAUUGAGAGGAAGAGCUGAAUCUCAAGAUGGGGCCUCCCUGGGAAACAGUCCCUUCAUGGGCUGGAUCUCCAGAGAGCCUAUGAGCUUGUAAUACCCUGUUGUGUAGCAUAAGGAGAUACACAGAGGCUCAGGACUGAGGACAGUGUUGUGGGGAAGUACUCGCCUUGUAGCAGCUGCUUACUCUUACCAGCGUAAGCCACACCCACAGCCGCGGCAAGACAGCACAGACACAGGUGUAUACCAACCAGGGGUUUAAUAUAAAUACAACCAGCAUAGAAAAACUCAAAACCACACUCAUAUCAAAACCAGAAUGCCAAGUGCUGGGGACAGAAGUCCCAAUUUCUGACCCUUUGGCUCAGCCAGCCCCCAAAUAAAAACCAACAAAUAAACAAGAAA